AUGCCCUUCAAAACCCUCCUGUGGUCCCUCGUCCGCAGCUACUCCAAUGGCCCGGCCAAGUCGCGCCUCGGCAAGAAGGCCUUGAGUCUGGACCAUUUGCCCCUCCCUGCCCCCCAAUCACAGUUCCUCCAGAGAUCCCGCGCCAUCUCGCUCUAUCGCGAAAUCAUCCGCGGCACCCGCCGCAUCGCCGACCCAAACACCCGCGCCGAGUCGCGCCGCUUCGCCCGCGAAGAGUUCGAGCGCCACCGGGGCGUAACCGAUCUCGGACACAUCCGCUACCUCAUCUCGACCGGCAAGACCGAGUGGCAGGGCAUGGAGCGCUACGUUGACGGCAUGUAA